AAAACCAGUGGUGUUGUGGUGAAAGAUGAUUAACCAACCCCUCAUCAUAACUUUCAUAAGCACAAGAAGAAGUGAAUUGAAGCUAUCUAGCUAGCUAACAUGAAGGUCCAUCAGUUUGGACGUAGUGGAUUGAUGUUUGAUCACGAUAAUAAUGCAGCCCCAUCGCUCUCCCUUGGCUGCAAGCGUUUGCGCCCACUUGCUCCCAAGCUCGCCGCAGACGGCGGCGCAAUCACCAUCUCGCCGCCGGUUUUCGAUCUCAAGAGCUUCAUUAGACCCGAAAGUAGUAGCCCUACGAAGCUGGGAUCACCUGAAACUAAGAAAGACUCUCCUCAGGCGGCGGCGGUGGAGACGCAUCCCGGCGGAACGAGGUGGAAUCCGACGCAGGAACAGAUAGGGAUUCUGGAAAUGCUGUACAGAGGGGGAAUGAGAACUCCGAACGCCCAACAAAUCGAGCAAAUCACGGCGCAGCUUGGCAAGUACGGGAAGAUAGAAGGCAAGAACGUGUUCUACUGGUUUCAAAAUCACAAAGCGCGCGAGAGGCAGAAGCAGAAAAGGAACAGUGCUCUCCUCGCCGCCGGCCUCAACCACAGCCCCACAACACCGCCUCCCACACUUCCCUUCGACCCCAUUGUGGUAGUAGUUGGAAGGGAGGAAGAAAGUCCAAAGAAGAGAAGAUGUAGAUCAUGGGCGUAUGAGUUCUUGGAAAUGGAGGAGAAGAGAUCGUCUUGCUGUCGGAGAGAAGAGGGGGAUAGGACCCUAGAACUGUUCCCAUUGCACCCAGAGCUAGGGAGAUGAAAGGAUUCAUGGAGGGGCCACCGCACCCAUAAUAAUAAUAAUUGUUCUAAUAUAUAAUAACUAAUAGUGAUAAUUCUCUACUUAAAUUAGGUUAAUUAUUACUAGCCCACCCAUAAUUCUUGGUUAUUAAUUAAGUCGAGAGAUCUGGAUUUGCUUUAAGGUCAUUGGAAAUGACCGCCGUGCUUCUUUUCUCUUUCAUUUGUACGUACGUUUCCAUCGUUUCAGGAAACACCACCACCAACAAGAAGUAAUUAAGGUGUAUCAUUGGACGCAA